AUGGCGCCCGUCUCGACAGACACGAUGGCUCGGCCAACGGCCGGCCCAUCAUCAUCGAGCAAACGCAAGAUCGACGAGCACCACUCCUCCGCCUUCACAGACACGCUCAAAAGGCUCAAGGAGGAGGCCGACUCAAAUCAAGACGUGGACGACCAGGCGCUCUGGCCUCGCCCCGACCUCGAGCCCCUCGACGUCGACAACGAUGCCGUCACCUUCCAGCAGAUCGAUAUCGAAGAACACCAGGCCGUCGGACAGCCUCCCGCCAUCCGCAUGUACGGCGUCACCGCACAAGGCAACUCGGUCUGCGCCCAUGUCCACGGCUUCCUCCCGUACUUUUACAUCCACGCUCCGCGCGGCUUCACCGCCAACACCUGCAACGACUUUGCCAACCAUCUCAACGUCCUCUUCGGCGCACGCACCGUACACAACGCACAGGUCGUCAGCAAGAAGAGCCUCAUGGGUUACGCCGGCCAGGAGAACGUCGCCUUUAUCAAACUCACCAUCUCCGACCUCCGCAGCCUUCCCCGCAUCCGCGGCUCCUUCGAACGUGGCGAGAUCGGCUUCCGCGACCUCUUCACCGCCGGCGACGUCUGCCUCACCUACGAAAACAUCGCCUACACCCUCCGCUUCAUGAUCGAUCUCAAGAUCGUCGGCAUGAACUGGAUCCGUAUCAAGGAGGCAAACUACAAGCUGCGUCCAGAGUCACAAAAGGUAUCCCUCUGCCAGAUCGAGCUCGACUGCAGCUGCGAUGCGCUCGUCUCCCAUGCUCCAGACGCAGAGUGGUCCAAGGUCGCUCCGCUCCGCAUCCUCAGCUUCGACAUCGAGUGUGCAGGUCGCAAAGGUGUCUUCCCAGAGCCUUCCGUCGACCCCGUCAUCCAGAUCGCCAACAUGGUCACCCGUCAAGGCGAAUCCACCCCCUUUGUCAAGAACGUCUUUACGCUCAACACCUGCUCCCACAUCGUCGGCAGUCAGGUGCUCUCCUUCAACAAGGAGAUCGACAUGCUCGAAGCUUGGACCAAGUUCGUACAGGAGGUCGACCCAGACGUCGUCAUCGGCUACAACAUCGCCAACUUUGACUUUCCUUACCUCCUCGACCGUGCAAAGGCGCUCAAGUCCACCAAGUUUGCCUACCUCGGACGCGAACGCGGCGUGCGCACCGAAGCCAAAGAGACCCACUUCUCCUCCAAAGCCUACGGCACGCGCGACUCCAAAAACACCGAACUCCAGGGCCGUCUCCAGCUCGACAUGCUCCAGGUCAUGCAGCGCGAUUACAAGCUGCGCUCCUACUCGCUCAACUCGGUCUCGUUCGAGUUUCUCGGCGAACAAAAGGAGGACGUGCACCAUUCGCUCAUCACCGAGCUCCAGAACGCAGGUCCCGAAUCGCGCCGUCGCCUCGCAGUCUACUGUCUCAAGGACGCCUAUCUGCCACAGCGCCUGAUGGACAAGCUCAUGUGCUUCAUCAACUACAUCGAGAUGGCCAGAGUCACCGGCGUCCCCUUCAACUACCUCCUCUCGCGCGGUCAGCAGAUCAAGGUCGUCUCCCAGCUCUUCCGCAAGGCCAACGAGGACAACUACCUCGUACCCGCCUACAAGGGCGAAGGCACCGAGGAUCAGUACGAAGGAGCCACGGUGCUCGAGCCAAAGGCAGGCUACUACGACCGUCCCAUCGCCACGCUCGAUUUCGCCUCACUCUACCCGUCGGUCAUGAUGGCGCACAACCUCUGCUACACGACGCUGCUCGACAAGAAGACCAUCGACCGCCUGGACCUCAAGCAGGACGAGGACUACGUCGUGACGCCCAACAACAACUGCUUCGCCACCAAGAAGCUGCGCAAAGGGUUGCUCCCCACCGUGCUCGAGAAUCUGCUGGCAGCGCGAAAGCGCGCCAAGGCGGACCUCAAGAAGGAGACCGACCCCUUCAAGCGCGCCGUGCUCGACGGUCGCCAGCUCGCGCUCAAGAUCAGCGCCAACUCGGUCUACGGCUUCACGGGCGCCACCAUCGGCAAGCUGCCGUGCCUCGAGAUCUCGAUGAGCACCACCGCCUACGGUCGACAGAUGAUCGACCAGACAAAAGCGUACGUCGAGCGCCACUACACCAUCGCCAACGGAUACGAGCACGACGCAGAGGUGGUCUACGGCGACACGGACUCGGUCAUGAUCAAGUUUGGCGUGCCGGAUCUCGCCAAGGCCAUGGAGCUGGGCGCCGAGGCGGCGGCGCUGGUGUCCAAAACCUUUGUCGACCCCAUCAAGCUCGAGUUUGAGAAAGUCUACUUCCCCUACCUGCUCAUCAGCAAGAAGCGCUACGCGGGGCUCUACUGGACCAAGCCGGAAAAGUACGACAAGAUGGACACCAAGGGCAUCGAGACGGUGCGUCGCGACAACUGCCGGCUGGUGCAGACCGUCAUCGACACGUGCUUGCGCAAGAUGCUCAUCGACCGCGACGUCAAGGGUGCCGAGGAGUACGCCAAGAACAUCAUCUCGGACCUGCUGCAGAACAAGGUGGACAUGUCGCAGCUCGUCAUCACCAAGGCGCUCGCCAAGGCCGACUAUGCGGCCAAGCAGGCGCACGUCGAGCUGGCGGAACGCAUGCGCAAGCGCGAUGCCGGCUCGGCGCCCGCGCUGGGCGACCGCGUGGCGUACGUGAUCGUCAAGGCGGCCAAGGGCGCGGCGGCGUACGAGCGCUCCGAAGACCCGAUCUACGUGCUGGACCACAACAUCCCGAUCGACACGCGCUACUACCUGGAGAACCAGCUGGCGAAGCCGCUGCUGCGCAUCUUUGAGCCCAUCAUGGGGCCCAAGGCGAAUACGAUGCUGAAUGGCGAGCAUACGCGCGUGGUGCAGGUGGCCACGUCGAAUGUGGGCGCGCUCAUGAAGUUUGCCGUCAAGACGGUGCAGUGUUUGGGAUGCCGCACGCCGCUGCGCGAGCAGAAUACGCCCGUGUGCAAGAACUGCCGGCCGCGCGUGGCGCAGCUGUACCACGAGAAGCUCGCGCGCGCCUCGGCGCUCGAGGUCGAGUUUGCGCGGCUCUGGACGUGCUGCCAGCGGUGCCAGGGCAGUCUGGCGCAGGACGUGCUGUGCACCAACAAGGACUGCCCGAUUUUCUUCAAGCGCUUGCGUGCGCAGAAGGACGUCGAGGAUGCCGUCAAUGUCGUGCAGCGCUUUGAUACUGCGUGGUAG